GUUAAGUGCGCGCAACCUUUUCUGCGCGAGAUUUCCCAAGGCAUUCCGAUUGCCGCCUUGAGUGGUGCUGCUGCUGGACUACUGGACUACAAAUACUCCGCCAUGGCCAAGAGUGAGCAGGAGUUGCCUAAAGGAUUUCGCCAGCUGCAGACACAGGUGGCCGGCCACACAUUCGAGGAGAGCAAUUCCGAAGCAGUGGGUCUCCUGCAGGACUCAAAGGCCGGAUGCGUCCUGAAACCUCUUGGGAAACCAGAGUGUGGCGAACGGGAACUUCGCUUUUAUGAGUCACUGGCAGAAGCAGGUGCUUCAGGUGAUAAUGACCUUGCCCUGCUCCGCUGUCACGUCCCCAGAUUUUACGGCCCCCUGAAACUGGUUGUGAAUCGUCGUGAACGCACGUUCCUACGCCUGGAAGAUCUUACGCGUGGGAUGCGCCAGCCGUGUGUUAUGGAUGUAAAGAUGGGUAAACGAACCUGGGAUCCAGAAUCCUCGCCAAAUAAGCGAAAAGUUGAGGAAGCAAAGUACGUGAUGUGCAAGCAAAAGCUGGGUCUUUGCUUGCCAGGAUUUCAGGUGUACCUUCCCAAGGAGGAGAGUCAUAAGGAAACCACAAUCCUGCGACACGGCAAGGACUACGGAAAGAGCUUAAACGUGGAGGGAUUCAAGCAGACGAUGGCCUUGUUUUUUAAUGCAAGCACAAGUGAUUCCAAGACCAGGAGAGCGGGAUCAGAGUUGCUUUUGAAAGAAGUACUCCGCCAGCUUCAGGAGAUCCACUCCUGGUUUGACAGGCAACGCCUAUUGCAUUUUUUUGCCAGUUCUUUGCUCAUAUGCUACGAUUACUCGAGAUUAGGGGAUUUCUCAAAAAGCCAGACUCUCCUCAAUGGCCACCACCUUAAUGAAGAUGAUCCUACAACUUGGGUAAGGGUCAGAAUGAUCGACUUUGCUCAUGUUUACCCAGCAGAAAAUGCCUUGCCAGACGAGAAUUAUAUGUCCGGUCUGCAGAGCCUGAUAGAAGUUGUCCAAUCAAUACUCCACCGAUGAUGAUGAAAAGGGACCAAGACCACUCAAAGAUGUAGUAGAGAUGUUCCAAUCUCAUUGCAAUGAGACACUUUUGUAUUAUCGUCUAAGCCAAAAAAUUAGUCCACAGUAGAUACCCACCUAUUAAAGGAUUGCGGAACUACUCUAAACGUAGAAUAAAACAAGACUUUUAUAAA